GUGGAUAAAUAACUGGCCUUCAGAGUUUGAAAACAACAACGGUACUUCUCCCCGAGUGUUUAAGGGACGAGACUAAGGAUAAUACACACUGACUGCAUACACAUUCGUAGUUUUAUGUGUGCAGCGAAAAGGUUACUGCAGGUCAUCAGUCGCUAUUAUUUUAGCUAACUAGCUAGCCUCGAUAAAAGGUUAUUCAUAGUUUGUUGCACGCCAUGGGCUGAUGUACGACCAGAUAUCUUUUAUAAACGGAUAACGUAGGACAUGGAUCGAAAGACGACGGGGCUCGAAAGUCAACUGUGCAAAGCUGUGAACGAUGGAGACCCAAGGUCUGUGCAGCUGCUUCUUUCACAAGGUGCAUGCCCUGAUCGGGUGGGUAGUAAAGGGGUGGCUGCAAUACACUUGGCUGCUGGCAAGGAGAGCGAGAAGAACACACGCUGCUUGAAGAUUCUGCUGCAAUAUGGAGCAGACCCCAAUGUUAGGUCAGAGGGACUGACUCCUCUUCACAUCGCUGCACUGUGGGGAUGUUAUCAAAAUCUGAAGUUGCUGCUGAUGAAUGGAGGGAACCCCAGCAUUAAAGACAAUGAAGGUAAUACUCCAGGGCAACUUGCAGAGCAGCAGGAGAAUCGAAAAUGUGCCCAGCUCCUUCAGGAGUACCAGCUCAGAUCAGUGGACACAGAAGAAGAUGACUUCCCUCAGUUCCAAUACUCUGUGUAUUCAGACCAAACAGAUAUCUCCAGCUAUCCUGAAUCAGACUACAGCUUCAGUUCCCACUCAUCGAUGAUAAGUGACUUGGGUGAAGCCCCACUGAGCAGCACAAGGCGGUCAUCAUUUUUCAACCUGUCUAGCAUUAAUGGAAGGCCAAAUUGCAGAGGAAUAUCAUAUAAAAGACUAUCUGACAUGGACACUGAGCGGCAUCGCAGCCAGGACUUGAACAAUUCCUCUUUACACUGGGCACCUGAAGGUCCCUCCUUACUAUCAAGCACUCGCAUGUCUGCAGUGGGACCUGCAGCUGCAUUGCCGAUCCUUAAGGAGGACGAUUUAUUUACUGACGAUGUGUUCACAUCAAAAAGUAAUGAACAUGCUGCUGCUGCUGCUGCAGCUGAUGAAAGAAUCUCCCUCUCCAGAAGAGACACUCUCCCAGCAUUUCCGUCAAGGAGGGCAAGUCGUAAGAGUGUGAGCUUCAGAGAUGUAGAUGAAUAUUUUCCUGUUUUUAGUCCUGAAAUUCCCAAACAGCAGCCUGUUGUUGAUGGCAGCCACUGCACCGGCAGCUUACCUUUUGACAUGUCCGAAUACUCUGACUUCCUUGAUUCAGAACGCAUGGCCACUGUUUUACACAAACAGGGCAUCGACGUCACAUCCCCGGAUCAUGUUUAUGUUUUUUGCAGGGAGAGCAGUGAGAGCACAGAGGAGGACUUGGAGAAGACGGUCCUCAGUCGCUGUGCUUUGGAGGAGAGUGAUGAUGAAAAGGAGGGUGAACAUGUGAAAGAGGCUCAGGUGAAUAUACCAGAGCAGCCAACUCAUUCUCAUGUUGGCAGCAGUAGCAGCGGGACUGGUAGUAGUCAUUAUAGUAGUUGUGAGAGCGACCAUUACACAAGUGCUUUGGAUGCUUCUAUACACCCCAGACAUGCCCUACUCCCCGUUGCUGUGGAGGUGUCUCCUGGGACUGAAUCUGACAAAAAGAUUGAGAUUUCUACAGACUCUGAUUCCCAGAUGGUUCCAAAACCUUUACCAUGUAUGCAUGAUAAACAGGUCCUGUCUGAAGUAAAAGACUCAAACAAUGAUGUAUUUGAGGCAUGUAGUCGUCCUGUUGAGGACACCUCAAGUAAAGGUCAUAUUGACCAGCCCGUGGCAGACAACCCAUUGGAUGAAGCAGCUGAGGCAUUACAGAAAAACUUCAACCUUCAAUUCACACCGAGUCCUUUUGUAACAGGUAGGACUCGCUCGAGGUUGAGUCGCUGCUCACUGAGAACAAGCAGAACCCCAGAGAGCCUCCUCGACACAUCUUCUCUUUUUGAAGGGACUCUCCCCACACCAGUACGAACACGCCGCCAGACGCCCAGAUAUCAGAGCAGUGGAGACUUUUACAGUUCACCACAUGUACCUUGUAAUACACCAUCCUAUUCAGGGAAUAUCCCAGAAGGAGAGUCCUUGCCUGAUGAUAGCCAGGACACACAGUCCAGCACCCUCAGAGCUGGUUCCACUUUUGGCAGUAGCCAACCUGACACUCUCAUCCUCUCCAAGAGUGUUAAUGAUUCAUCUUGUGAAUCACAGACUUUGUCUGAUACAGUUGUAUUGGAGACAAACCAGGACUCUUCAGUGGAUGUUUAUGAAAGAAACCUUGCAGAGAUUAUACUGGCAAUGCAAGGCCACGAUCUUGCUGAGGGCAGGGAUUUUCUGACUGAUGACCUGACAAGUACAGAUGAGGCAUCAGCAAAGACAAAGGUAAAUGAUGCCUCUUGUAAGGACAAAGAAGAUACCCCAAAAGAAGAAGAUGUCUGGAUCACAGAUGACUACAGCUCUCAGCCAGACUCUGUCUCAUCUACAUCCAGUUCCUCCUAUUUUUCAUCAAGGUCCAGGGAAGACUCCGAUCUUCUUUGCACUCCAGGCACUGGAUGCACCCCCAGGUACAGCAUGAGCCGACUGUCGAGCUUCCGCAGGCCACAGCACCUGGCAAAUCUGUCUUACACCCCUGGAGGGCGUCCACACAUUCAGGAUCUGGACGAACCAGUGGAGUACCUCUACACCGAUAAUGAACAGGGCCACAAGCUGAUAGAAACCCACGUCCCACCUACAUCAAACACCUCACUCAGCUCUAGCAUGAGUACCACCAGCAGUGAGGAGACCAUCCUUUACGACUGGCGCUCCAUGCAGACGGAUGUGAUGAGCAGAGGGAAGGAGAACCAGAGGCCCCAGAAGGUGUUACAGAAGGAGGAGCAUGAUAAGGACAGGCUGUUGCUUGAGACCAAAGGGAUAACUGACAAGGAGCUGAGACUGAAGCUAGUAGAGCUUGGGGAGAGCCCGGGCCCCAUCAGCUCCCGUACCAGGCCCACCUAUAUGCGAAGGCUUUGCCGCCUGUUGCAGGAGUCAAACUCCCAAUCACCACAUCCUCAGAAGCAGUUGGACCAACCACAAACAGAUGUAGGUUAUAGUCCAGAAUUAUGUCGGGCCCUGCGGACCUUUGUGUUGCCUGACUGUCAGGCUGACGAGCAGGCAUUGUGCCAGCAGUUUGACCAACCAGAUCAAAACAGAAAGUGGAGGGAGGGCAUCAUCAAGUCCAGUUUCAACUACGUGCUCCUCGACCCAAGAGUGACAAAAAACCUCCCAUUUCGCAGUCACACCAUGACUCCACAGGAGUGUUUCCAGACAUUUAUCCACGCUAUAUUUUAUGUGGGCAAAGGAAAACGCUCCCGUCCCUACAGCCACCUGUAUGAGGCUUUAGAGUACUUCAAAGGAGACAAGACUUCUAAGAAAUUGUGCCCCAAAGUGCAGCACAUCCUUCAGGUGUGGAACGCGGAGCAGGGCGUCAUCUCUCUGCAUUGUUUCCAGAAUGUCAUUCCAGUGGAGGCUUACACUAGAGAGGCCUGCAUGGUGGAGGCCAUCGGGUUGAAGAUGCUCACCAAUCAGAAGCGAGGGGAUUUUUAUGGUGUGGUUUCCACCUGGCAAGCGAAGAAGAAACGGGACCUGGGCGUCCACCUGCUUUACCGGGCCAUGCAGAUCUUCCUGGCUGAGGGUGAGAGGCAGCUCAGACCAGCAGACAUCAGACAGUAGAGACCCCCAGUCGAGGGUGUAUGAAGAGCAGCAACACACCAAUGCACAGAGGGGGAGAUACCACUAGUUUGGGGUACAAAAAAGUCCUUUGAACAAUUUUGCGUUUCAACGUUGGGUUACUGCUGCUGCUAUCCACCAGAAAAUUGUCUUUUUGCGAAAAAUGAACUCUGAUCUCUCUUUCACUCAGCAUUAUACAGUUUGUCAAACAUCCAACAUCCUCUGCUAAUAUCUACAUUCUUUAAACUUGUCAGUUAAGAUCAUCUUGCUUGUUUUGCAUGGCUUGCUUUAUUUGGAUUAGAGAUGGAUUUCCUCAUAACAUUGCUUUUAAUUUGCCCAGAUUUAACAAAAAGUGAUUUGAGGGUGGAAUCCAAAAACAUACCUGCUUUUCGUCUUGACUACUUUAGUACUAACUACUUCUUCAAAUUGAUCCUCAGCCAAUUCAAACACAUUUCCAUAGA